AUGCUUCCUCCUGCCAUUCAUUUCUAUCUCAUUCCCCUUGCAUGCAUCCUAAUGAAAAGCUGUUUGGCUUUUAAAAAUGAUGCCACAGAAAUCCUUUAUUCACAUGUGGUUAAACCUGUUCCAGCACAGCCCAGCAACAACAGCACGAUGAAUCAAGCCAGAAAUGGAGGCAGGCAUUUCAGUGACACUGGACUGGAUCGGAACACUCGAGUUCAAGUAGGUUGCCGGGAACUGCGUUCCACCAAAUACAUCUCUGACGGCCAGUGCACUAGCAUCAGCCCCCUGAAGGAGCUGGUGUGCGCUGGCGAAUGCUUGCCCCUGCCUGUGCUCCCCAACUGGAUCGGAGGAGGCUAUGGAACAAAGUACUGGAGCAGAAGGAGCUCCCAGGAGUGGAGGUGUGUCAAUGACAAAACGCGUACCCAGAGAAUCCAGCUGCAGUGCCAAGAUGGCAGCACACGCACCUACAAAAUCACGGUGGUCACCGCCUGCAAGUGCAAGAGGUACACGCGGCAGCACAAUGAGUCCAGUCAUAAUUUUGAGAGCGUGUCUCCUGCCAAGCCAGCCCAGCAUCACAGAGAGCGGAAAAGAGCCAGCAAAUCCAGCAAGCACAGCAUGAGUUAG